CGUGGCCGCGCGAGGCCAGGGGAGCGACGGGACGACGAGGCGCUGCGGCUGCCGCACAAAAUGGCGGAGGGCGAUAACCGGAGCACCAACCUGCUGGCCGCAGAGACAGCUGGCUUGGAAGAGCAGUUGCAGGGAUGGGGUGAGGUGAUUCUGGUAACUGACAAGAUCCUUCGUUGGGAAAAAUCAUGGUUUCCAGCGGCCAUGCUCUCCGUCGUGUCUAUGAUCUUUCUGUUGAUCUACUAUGUGGACCCCUCUGUUCUGUCAGGUGUUUCCUGCUUUGUCAUGUUGCUUUGUCUGGCUGACUAUCUUGUACCUGCUCUCGCUCCUAGAAUCUUUGGCUCCAGUAAAUGGACAACUGAACAACAGCAGCGCUUCCACGAAAUCUGCAGCAACCUGGUGAAAACACGCCGCAAAAUCGUUGGCUGGUGGAAACGCCUUUUCACAUUUAAGGAAGAGAAACCUAAAAUGUACUUCACAACAAUGGUGUGUUUGUUAGCUGUGAUCGCUUGGAUAGGACAGCAAGUUCAUAACCUCUUCCUGACUUAUCUUAUUGUGUGCUUCGUCUUGUUGUUCCCUGGAUUAAACAAACAUGGGGUAAUUUCCAAAUAUGCUGGAAUGGCAAAAAGGGAGGUCAACAAGCUCCUGAAGCACAAAGAGAAGAAAAAUGAAUGAAGUGUUGCUUGCUCCCUCACCCAACUAUAUAACUCUGUUCUGGGAACAAUUCAGAUGACUUGCUGCGUAUUUAAUAGUAUAGAAGUGCUUAUACCAGCCAUUGCCUUUUAACUUUCAUGUGGGACCCUUUUCUGCUGUACAAUUCCCAACCACCUGGUCCCCAAACCACACAUUAAUACAGUGUGUUAACACAGACUGUCAUUCUCCUAGUAAGUGUGAUUAGCAAUCUUUAGUGUAAUAAGGCUGUGGAUCAGUAAUUAUUGGUGAUGGUAAGCUGAUUUAUAAUUGUGUGGAGCUAUCCUGUGUUAAUAUUUUUGGUGUAAAAAAAACAGCUAAACUUCUGUACUCUUUCUAAGUGUUUUACGGACACACACUGGACUGACCAGAUUUAUUUGGCAAUAUCCUCCAGAUUAAAUGAAUACAAUUCGUAUUUUAAAUUGUGGAUUACAGUGAUUUGAAUAAGCAAGGCUGCUAGAAUUGUGCAUCCAAGUUAACCCGUCUCCAUAAUAAACUAUAUUGCACUGGAACUGUACAGGAAACAGGUUGAGGAAGCGAAAUCAGCUUUUUAUGUUUAAAUUGCUGUAAUUUUGAUGUCGUGUUCUGAUGAUUUUAACAAACAUGGUCUAAAAAAAUGUGUUGAAAAUACUUGAUGCAUCCAUCUUGUGAACAUGUUUACCUUUGUUUCCUUCUUGCUAUUUUGCUUUUAUUUUGAAUUAAAGCAACUAUAUCCUAUUUGUCUCCAAUAUGAAUUUAAAUUUCAUAACUUCAAAUGAAUGAACAGUGUUAUUCCCAGUUUGAAACCAGUCUCGAGGAACCUUAAUGGUUUUUUAAAAUUACCGUUAGGCAAUUUUUCCAGCAAAAUAAAAGUGGUUAGGAAGCUUAAUGCUUUUUAUAUUAUUGCCUUAGAACUGCCUCAUUUUAAUUAAUAAGCCACCAGUAUAAAUUUUUUACAGUUUUCUAUUAAAUAAAGGAGCGCAUUUUAAAAAUCUGCUUUGGGCAAAAUUGGUUUGGCUGCAUAAGUUGGACCGUGUUUUUCCUUUAUUUACCUAGAAUUAAUACAAAUACAUCAUAGUGACUGGGUGAUGAUCAACACACAAACUGGCCAAAUCAGUCAAAAGUAUUAUUCCCUCCUGGGCUUAAGCACAUCUAAAUUAUCUUUAUUCUUUUUCCCAUGGUAAAAUUUGCUUUUUCCAGUGACACCAGUGUGUUUGACUGGUAAGUGUGGGAUGAGAAAGUGGCACAAGGUAAUUAUUAUCUAUAUAUUGGCAAUGCAGAUUUUUGGUUGAGAGAUUAAUUCAAUCAAUUGUGAUAAACUUAAAAUUAGUAGAAUCUAUUUAGUGCUAUGCAGAGAUUCAGAUAAACUAAUUCCAAUAUGAUACCAAACUCAUGGUGUUUUGUGGCAUUAGAAUUUAUUUUUGGAGAAAUUAAACUUGGCCAAGAUAGUGCUUCUCCAUACCAAUUGAAAACUUGUAUUUGAAGAUGCCAAGUUGGUUCAACAUUGUAGGAGUGACUUAAGCUUUUAUUAAUGCCACCUUUACUUUUAGAUAGUGAUUAAAUAUAUAAAUACUGCGCAAUAUUCCUAUAGUAGGAAAAGCUGUAUCUUUUGACAGGUGAAUGAUACUUUGAGAUUUGAACCCUGUCAGGGCGAUUUAUUUCUCUAAAAUAUACGCCCUUUCGUUGUAGUAAAAACAUGCAAUGGCAGAAGCACAAGCAAAUGACAAAAAAGUGUUUUGAUAUUUUGAUUCGUCGUUUUUAAGUUUUGUUUUUUUUAAAGCACACACUUUACUGUCACUCCCUUUCUCUUUUUUUUAUCAUUUUUUUUUUCUAGAAGAGAACCGACUUUUAGCCUGGAUUGUAAUGCAGUGUUUUAAAUGAGCAAAACAAUAUUGUAAGAGGAAAGACGCUUGCCAUGUAUAAAAAAUAGGACCGGGAAGUUAGGAUAAGUUUUGCGUGCUGACCAUUUUUUGUCCUUUCCUUUGUGUUAAAUGUGUAAUAUAGAUGGAUGUUAAUGUAUACUUAGGAAAC